CCAACAAAAAGCUGCAAUCUUCAAAAAGUUUUUGUUUGUAAUUUCUACAGUUUCUUGGAUUCUGAUCUUUUCGAUUCAAUGAUAAAUAAAUCCAAUGGCUUCGUCCGCCGGAUUCUGAACUUUCCGGCGAUUCGUCCUUGCGACUCCGUCGCUGUCUCCACUCUCCUUGCUUCUCUGAUCGAUUUAGGUCGCAGAAUCCGAGGCUUCAAAUCGAGAUUCUUUUUCACGAACAAGACGAACGCGAGAAAUUCGAUCCGUUUGAUCGAAGCCCUUGUUGUCGUUCUGGAGGAGGUGCGAAUUGGGGAUUUAGGGUUUGAAGCAUCCCUGUCUCUCUGCUUGUCCGAGCUUCAUUUCAUCUUGCAGAAGAUUGAAUUUCUUCUGGAAGAUUGCUCGCGAGACGACGCCCGGCUAUGGAUGCUGCUGAAAUCGGAAAAAGUCUCCACACAAUUCCGCGUGCUGAUGAGAGCUGUCGCAGUCGCUUUGGAGGUUGUACCUUUGGCUGGGCUCGACAUUGGAGACGAAGCUGCAGAUUUGGUGGAGUUCGUGAGGAAUCAGGCUCUGAAAUUGGAAUUCCAAGUGGAGGAAGACGACAGAAGAGCCAUGGUUAGGGUUCUUGAGAUUGUGAAUCAAUUUGAAGGUGGAAUUGCUCCAGAAUCGAAUGAUAUAACAGGCGUUUUGAAUCAUUUGGGGAUUAGAAGGUGGAGUGAGUGCAAUAAAGAAGUGAAGUUCUUGGAAGGUGAAAUAGGGCAAGAAUGUUCCUCCAUUCCUGAGGGAAGGGAGUUUGGAUUUCUUAACAAUCUGUUGACAUUCAUGAUCUACUGCAGAUGCACUCUCUUUGGAGAUGUCGAUACUUCAAGCACCAGAGAUUUACAUCAAUCUGGAAGAGGAUCUGGAAAUUAUAAUGAGACAUUUACUAGUUUGGAUACUGAUGAUUUCAGGUGUCCUAUAACUCUGGAAGUCAUGGCUGAUCCUGUAACAAUUUCGACAGGCCACACUUACGACAGGGCUUCGAUCUUACAAUGGUUCGGGUCAGGCAACCACACCUGUCCCAAAACAGGGGAGAGGCUAAUGUGCAUCGACCUGGUUCCAAACCAUUCAUUGAAGCAGAUAAUCACUCGAUUCCAGAUUGAAAAUGGAGUCCUCCUCCAAGAUUCCGAAUCUGGCGCGCAGAAGCAUGGUUGCGCUUCAAUAAAAAUGCCGACUGGUUUGGGCAGUGUGGCGGCCGAGCAGGCCAUGGAGUUGCUGGCGGCAUUUCUUGUCCAAAGGCUUGUGGUUGGAACAAUUGAAGAGCAGAAAAAGGCGUCAUAUGAGAUUCGGCUUCUGACCAAAACAAGCAUUUUUAACAGGUCUUGUAUGGCAGAAGCCGGCGCAGUUCCACCACUCCUGAAUCUGGUUUGUUCAGACAAUCCGGAAGCACAGGACAACGCAAUGGCGGCAUUGCUGAAUCUCUCAAAGAACCAUAAAUGCAAGGCUACAAUUGUUCAAAAUCGAGGUUUGGAACUAAUUGUCGAUGUCUUAACCUCCGGGCUAAAGGCCGAUGCCCGCCAGCAUGCUGCCGGCGCAUUGUUCUACCUUACUUCAACACGCGAGUAUCAGAGAACAGUCGGGAGAAUCCCGGGCGCCAUUCCCGGGCUUAUGAAGCUAAUCCAGGACAGCCCCGAAUGUGGUAAGAAAAAUGCAUUGGUCACUACUUUGAGUCUCCUCAUGUGCCCUGAGAACCAGUGGAGGAUGUUAUCAGCUGGAUUAGUUCCUUCAGUCCUCACAAUCUUGACAACAUCCGAAAGGGAAAAUCUUACAGCACAUUCCCUGGCAAUAUUAGCGACACUAGGCGAAAACCUCGAUGGAGCAAUGGCCAUUGUCAGCGCAGGAGCUUUGCCCUUAAUAGUCGACAUUCUGAGCUCUUCUACCUCAACAGCUGCAAGAGAAUUCAGUGUAUCAUUGCUGCUGGCUCUGUGCAUCAACGACGGCGCAGAUGUGGUUCCCAUUUUAGUAAAGAGCCCAUCUGUAAUGGCGUCUCUGUAUUCUUUGAUCACAAGCGGCACGGUUAGAUCGACCAAGAAAGCCAGUUCCCUCAUUAGGAUUCUGCACGCCUUCAACGAAAAGGGAUCGUCCAGAUCGACGGCUUCGACUCAGGAGCAGUUCGUGCACGUGUGGUAAUCGAACAUUUUUUAACUGUUGCCACACUUUUGCAAGGAUCUACAGCCAUGGAUGCUUUUGCUUCAUUCUUUAUAUAACUAUGUUAGUAUUGAGAAUGGUGAUAGGCUCAACUUGUUUUUUGCUUGUGAGCCUGUCUCUAAGGUUGCUUCUCUGUUUUUUUUGAUGAGGCAGCCAUGUACAUUACAGGUCAUGUAUUUAAGUGAUUCUUUUCAAGCUGUAAUAUAUAGUUCAUAUACAAAUA